AUGUUUUUAAAGCAUACCAAACGAAAUUAUUAUAGAAGUAAAAUAAUAAAAAUAAAUAUGAAGAAAGAAUUGAAGGACACAAAACAAUGCGGAGAUGAAAAAUUAUCAAUGAAAAAGAAUAUCAAGAAGAAACAAAGAAAUGUGGGUGGAGUGUUGAGAAAAGAAAUAUAUCAUAAUCCAAUUAUUCAAUAUCAAUUAGAAGAAAUAAAUGGAAUUAGAAAUGAAGAAUGUUGUCAAAAAGUUAUUUCAGAACGAAUUAAAUAUAUUGUAGAAUUAAUAACAAUUAAAUGUAAAUUAUAA